AGUAAUGAGUAACUGCUUUAACCCAACCGCGUGCUCCACGAAGAAGAGCAAGAAGAAGCAGGCGACGCAACAGAAGAAGAAGAAAAGGAAGAACAAAGCGUCCGCCAUUUGCCUCCUUCCGACCACUUUUAAGAUUUGUUAAACCACAGUGUAUUAUUAUUUUCAGUUCAAUCGUCAAAACGCAGUUCGUCAGCACUAGCUGCGCGCGAGGCAGCAGGACGUUCCAUUGAUGGCGACCGAUCGACGCGAGGACAAAGAUGGAGAACUCAACGUUUUGGAGGAUUUACUUACUGAAGCUCCAGAUCAGGAUGAUGAACUCUACAACCCUGAGACUAAGCGCGACAUCAGUGACAAGAAAGGAACAAAGAGGAAGCGUGAGCGCUCACACAGCCAGGAUCUAAAGAGGCUCCGCUCUUCAUCAGGCCAGGCCACCUCCAGAUCAUCAUCUUCCAUAAAAAGGAGUCUAGGGUCGUCCUCUAAAAAGACGUCCAGCCCUAGAGGCCGCCCUGUUUCCACCUACCGCCAUGAAUACUAUGAUGAUCGAAAGGGUCGGCGUGGAGCCCGAGAGGCGCCCCGGAGCCGUGGGGGUGAGGACACACGGCGCAGGGAGUCUCAUCGGAGCCUGGAGAGUCUGAGUCGGAAACUGCGGCAUGGUGAACGGCGGGCAAGCCCCCCCCCCCACAAUAAUGACAACCAAUCAGAAGAAGAGGCCGAGUAUGCCUCGGAGCAGGGGUCGUGCAGUUCGUCCCCUGCUGCGUCCCACGUUGAGGAAGAGGAGGAGGAGGAUCAGGAAGAAGAGGAUGAGGAGGAAGGAAUGGAGGAGGAAGAAGAAGAGGAAGGAGAAAAGGACGAGGAAGAGGAGGAAGAAUACGAUGAGCGUCGUGGCGGUGAGGGAAACGACUACGACACUCGGAGUGAAGCUGGGGAUUCACGCUCUGCCUCCUCCAUUAGUUUCUCUGAUGAUGGUGAUUCAGUACACUCAGGCUCCGCCUCCGAGGCCUCAGGAUCAGAGAAGAAGCGGGAGAAGUUGUCAUCAUCGGUUCGAGCUGUUCGAAAACGGAUGGAGAAUCCCGCCAUUAAGCUGCGUUACAUCCUGCGAGAUGCUCGAUUCUUCCUCAUAAAGAGCAACAACCACGAGAACGUUUCUCUGGCUAAAGCAAAGGGCGUUUGGUCCACGCUGCCAGUAAACGAGAAGAAGUUGAAUGCUGCGUUCCGGUCGGCUCAGAGUGUAAUUCUUAUCUUCUCCGUGAGGGAAAGUGGAAAGUUUCAAGGUUUUGCUCGUUUGGCGUCGGAGUCCUAUCACGGUGGUUCUCCGAUCCACUGGGUUCUUCCUGCUGGUAUGAACGCCAAGAUGCUGGGAGGAGUCUUCAAGAUCGACUGGCUGUGCAGGCGUCGACCUGAAGAGUUUGACCACAACAGGAAGCGUCCACGUGCAGACGGUCCACUUGACUUCAACCAACGAGCAGGGUUCAUCCAGGACCUACGGAACCAGCCGGUGGACAGGAGAUUCUCUGGAGUCAGACGAGACACGUUUCUGAACGGGUCCUACGACUACAUGAGGGACUACCACCAGAAUGUUGGGCCUCCAGCUCCUUGGCAGACUCUGGCACCAUAUCCCAACGUGGAGCAGCAGCCCCCCCCCCCCCCCCCAUACUACCACCACAACCACCCACCACCCCCUCCCCACCAGGCCUUCCAUCACCACCACCAUCCACCCCUCCCACCACACGAGGCUCCGCCCCCUCGCUUCCGAGACAAGCAGCGCGUGCCGCAGCACCGUGCCUUCGCCUCCAGCCCACACGACUACGACAUGCGAGUGGACGACUUCCUGCGGCGGACGCAGGCAGUGGUGAGCAGCAGGCGGGAGCGAGAGCGUCAGCGUGAGCGCGAGCGUGGUGGACCUCGGCGUGAGCGAGAGCGAGAGAGAGCGAGGGACAGAGACCGGGAGAGAGAGCGGGACAAGGAGAGGGGCCGGUACCGAAGGUGAUCACAUGGUACCAACUGCUUUUAUUUUGACAGUCUGCUAACUUUUGUGACUGGUUUCCUGUUUGUGUUUAAAU